AUGCUACACAUUCUUCAGGUAGGAAAACCCAAGUUUAAUGAUAAUUGCCUACUGAAUUUUCAUUAUGACCUUAUUUCUCGUCCUCGAACAACGCUGCAGAAAAUUAAGCCUUACAACAAAGAUUUAUGCCUUCAAGCAAACUACAAAUUUGUUGUGUUCGACCCUGGAGACUAUACACUUAUAUCGAUGGAUCCAGAUAAUAUGUUGCAGUGGGAGGAUAUUAUGUGUGUAAAAUACUUGUUCAUGGGUCUGGAGGAUCAUAGAGAUAAUGUCCACUUCCUGAAGGAAGUAGAGGAUGCUCAGAGGAUCUACAGGACUAUGAUCAAUUUUUUUGAAAGAGCAAACCUUCCUAAUGUAACUGAAGAAAAUAGGAAAAGAAUUCUGUGUUUCAUAAUUUUUGGUGGUGGUCCAAUAAGUAUGGAGUUUGCAAUAGGGCUUCAUGGCUUUGUAAAUAAAGAUCUAGCUGAGUUGUAUCCUACGCUUAAGGAUCUUGUGAAAAUAACACUUCUUGAAGUAGGCGACCAUAUCUUGAACAUAUUUGACAAAAGAAUCAUUGCUUUUGUUGAAGAAAAAUUUCAGAGAGAUCAUAUCCAUUUGAAAACAAGGUCCCUGGUGGUGGAAGUCAUUGACAAAGAAAUUUCUACUAAAGAAAGAGGAACUGGUGAAACUUUAUCCGUACCAUAUGCAAUGGUAGUCUGGUUAACUAGCAUCGGGACUCGCCCAAUCAUAAUGGAUUUCUUGAAGCAACAUGGCCAGACUGAUAGGCGUGCUUUAGCAACUGAUGAAUGGCUGAGAGUGGAAGGCUGUGUAAACACAUAUGCCCUAGGUGAUUAUGCCAUGAUAAAUCAACGCAAAUUUAUGUAA